UGUACAGAUUUAAUGAAUAUAUAAUGAAUUUGUCAUCUAAUUUUGUUAAUGUGAAAGUAAUUGAUGUCAAUUUAUUCUUGCAAAGGCCUGAUUACACUAAUCAUGGACUACACCUGAACAAAACAGGAAAGCUCAGACUGUGCAGGAACAUUGCUUCAUCAGUAUCAAACCCAUGGAAACGGUGUGAUGUAGUAAAAACACUUACAACCAGCUCUGCAAGAAAGGUCAGAUUUUGUACCGGUACUGUAGAAACCAAUUCAUGCCAAGAUAGACAGGGAACCAAUGUGAAUACAAGAAACAGAUGUAUAGCUGUGUCUCACCCUGUCACUGCCAAUGACAUAUUAAUACCAUAUGAUGAAGUUCCACCCAAAGAACCUCAAGGACUGGAAAAUAAUUCCGAUGCAGUAUCUCCAAGGAUAAAAGGUAAUCCCCGAUUUUCUAAGAGAGAAAGAAGAAUUCCAAAAAGAAACAGUGAUUUUUUAUGGCCAGCACCCACCCGACCUCGCCAACGACAUCUAGUGAACAAAUCUCCAGCUGCGACAUAGGUCUUAAUGUAUCCAACACAGUUUUGAGUGCAACGGGGACUAACGGUGUUAAUGGACAAGCAGACCAGCAGAAGGACAGUAGAGGGGACAUGGACACUGUUGACCGUCCUCAUGUUUUAUGCCUUACUGAGCAUCAUGUAACAGUUGGAAUUG